UCAGAAAUACUCUCUCUCUCUCCGACCUAUGAUUAUAUAUUUGUAUAUAAAUUAAAGUAUGUAUAUACACAGUUGACUAGUUUAUUUAAGAUCAUGACGCCCAUUACAAUAACUGAAAAAAGCUCAUCUUGUAUUUAAACAAUAAGUGGAUAUCUGUGGAUAUAUAUACAGUAUUGGUCUGCUGAUAGUCCUUAGAGAAAGCCGGUCUUCAUUAAACACUGACUCAAGGGAGCUGCGUACGGGUAAAUGCUCGGUCAGAAAAUGCCCACCAAGCAGAGUUGUUGGGAAAUCCGUCGUUUUUCACCGUCUACGCAUUUAUCGCUCGCCCGUGACGGGCUAAUCGCGCAUUUUUCUAAAUAAACUUAAUAAGUUUCAAACGCCGCUAAAAAUUCCCUCGGGGGACAAUUAUGCAGAGCGAGCGGAGGUGACGUCCUAUUACUUUGCUCCAAAUAUGAACUAAUGCUACUGGAGUGACAGUCGAGUCGAGUCGGAUCGGAGACGGCGACGGACGUCCGAACCGGCGACCCGGUAAGCGGCGAAUCCCGUUGAAGUCUGUUACGCACGAACGGACGCGCAGAUCAGCGUUGAGAUGCUGUACGGUAGGCUGGCACAAAAAGCGAUGUAGAAGGAUGAAAGGAAAAGUAAUGGUGUUUUAAAGGGGAUGCGCUGUGUAGAGGGAGAAUAAAGAAAGAGAAAAAACAGACUGUUUAAGGGGAUGUUGUCUACUGCGCGCUUACUGUUGUUCAAUUGGAUUUAUGAGUGAUGAAGAGGUUUUUGGGAUGCAGACGAAAGGAAGGGUUCCUCUGCAGCGGGCGCUCAGUCACUGAAACGUACGAGGAGACGGAACAAUGAGUCUGUGUGUUUGUUAGACUGGAUGUAUGUGAAGAACAACGCAUCUCCCUACAGCUGUAAUCUGAACAUUGCGGGAUUUUGCUAAGCGCUUCAAAAGGAAUUCGUUGCCGUUCUUCAACGUGUAUCCAUCGCACAAUUUAGCCUGACUGGAUAUCACUCUCUUCAGUGCCGGUGUGGAUGACUGUAUGCUGGACUCUUUGCAGGUAUGGGAUAUGGACCACACUGCAGCACCAAAAUGAGAAGUCUCUGGGUCGGUGUUGUUUUCUUGACUUUCACCUGCCAUCUGAGCCUUUCCCAGUCCACUGUAGGGACGCCUAAAGAGUCAGAGCUCAAUGAUAACAUCACAGUGUUCACACGGAUCCUGGAUGGAUUGUUGGAUGGCUAUGAUAACAGACUGCGACCAGGGCUAGGAGAGAAAGUGACAGAAAUUAAGACCAACAUCUUUGUCACCAGCUUUGGGCCGGUUUCAGAUACCGAGAUGGAGUACACCAUUGACGUAUUUUUCCGUCAAAGCUGGAAAGAUGAACGUUUGCGAUUCAAGGGCCCAAUGGUGAUGCUACCUCUGAAUAACCUGCUGGCCAGCAACAUCUGGACCCCCGACACCUUUUUCCUCAACGGCAAAAAAUCCAUCGCCCACAACAUGACCACGCCCAACAAGCUGCUGAGACUGCAGGAUGAUGGGACAUUGCUGUACACCAUGAGAUUGACCAUAUCAGCAGAAUGCCCCAUGCAGUUGGAGGACUUCCCUAUGGAUGCUCAUGCCUGCCCCCUCAAAUUUGGCAGCUAUGCCUACCCUAUCUCAGAGGUGGUAUAUAAGUGGACUGGAGACCCUGCCAAGUCUGUGGUCGUGGCAGAGGAGGGCUCACGACUCAACCAGUACCAUCUGAUUGGCCAGACAGCUGGCACUGAAGAUAUUGACACAAGUCGAGGUCAAUACACAGUGAUGAUGGCCCAUUUCUACCUGAAGAGGAAGAUUGGUUACUUUGUGAUUCAGACCUACAUGCCCUGCUUCAUGACUGUCAUUUUGUCCCAAGUCUCUUUUUGGCUGAACCGGGAAUCUGUCCCCGCAAGGACCGUGUUCGGUGUGACCACCGUGUUAACCAUGACCACCCUGAGCAUCAGUGCCCGUAACUCUCUCCCCAAAGUGGCAUAUGCCACUGCCAUGGAUUGGUUUAUUGCUGUUUGCUAUGCCUUUGUGUUCUCGGCACUCAUUGAGUUUGCUACAGUCAACUACUUUACCAAGCGCAGCUGGGCUUGGGAUGGAAAAAAGGCUUUGGAGGCCCAGCAGCCAAAAAAAAAAGACCCGUUGACGCUCUCCAAAAAGCCGAACAAUGCCUGUUCGACUGGUGUCAACUUCACCCCCAACCUCACGAAGGACGCUGCUAUCUCCACCAUCUCAAACAGCACCGCUGUUCAGCUGAAGAGUGCCGAGGCCAAGCCAGCAGUGGACCCCAAAAAGACCUACAACAGCGUCAGCAAAAUUGACAAGAUGUCCCGGAUUGUGUUUCCUGUCCUCUUUGGGACUUUCAACCUUGUCUACUGGGCCACGUACCUCAACAGGGAACCGUUAAAGGGAAUUAAAGGAACGGUUUCUCCCACAUAAAAUGGUCUACCCCAUCACGGCAGUCCCUUUGCAUCUUCUUUUUCUCCUCCACUACAGUAUUUAACGAUGAAACGAUGCCAAGCUCUUAUUUACUGCAAUUCUCACUUCGCUAAUCUAAAAGUGGAGUGCUACUCUUGAUUUUCCCUUUCCUGAUAUCAUAAAUUGCAUGAUAGAUUUAAAGCUCUAUGGGAAUAUUAUUGCCAUAUCUGCCUUGACUUUCUACUUUAUAUUCCCCUGUACUAGGAUUUCUUUGGUUAUUGCAUUUGUCUUACAAGGAAAUGAGCGCCACACAAGCUACCAUUUCAUUCAUUCGAUUAUCCAAAGGAUGGGAACAAAAAUUAUGUAUUUGGCAUAAACAUUUAUCACAUAAUCCAAACAGAGUUAUGAAAAGUACAGCAAGGCCAAAUGCUAUGCAAAAAACACCGUUUUCUACUACAGUGUUCUGUAAUCUGUAAAUGCUUAUGAAACCUUUGCUUUGUACGAGUGAAUAUGUGUUAAUUUUAGUAGCUUAAGCAUAAGGGUGUAAGGCAGACAGAUAGCCAUGCUAAAUACGUUGCCUUCAGAAGGAAUAACUUCUUACAAGUGCUCCAGAAUGUCCUGCAACUACUUCUUAAAGACGAGUUUGAUUCUACUCUUGUCAUUUUUCUAAGCUUUUUCGAACUAGCUAACUAGCAUUGUGCACCCUGAAGGCAGCUUUUCACACUUUAGUCUCAGAUAUUCUGCAAAAGGUUGGUGAGUGUGUGGCAGCCAAGACUUUCAAAGAGUUUGUACAUAGCUUAUGUAUGCUUUGCUUUAACGUUGACGCUGCUUAUUCAAAUGUGCAGACAAUUAACAUGAAUGCGAGCUAGCUCGCUAGCCGUGAAAAUGCCGAUUUGUAUCGUGAACUAUUGUGGGCUUUAACAGAAUGUGACAUUUCUUUACAGUUGAUAGUUUUUAACUCAUUGAACGUAGCUUUUUAAACCGUUUAUGCGACAGCCAUUUUGCUAUUUUCUGUGAAGUUAAUAAGGGUUUUGAUAUUCUGGAUCAGGUUUGGAAGAGUUGGCCUUAAAUGUUGACAUCUAGUACAAAUAGGGCUCUUUUAUGUACUUACUGAAUGAAAAUCAUGAGGUGACAAAGUAUGGAAAAGAGAUACGCAUGCAAAUGUCCGAGGUGCAUCAUUAUUCAGAGCAGAUUCUAAAAAUGGCUGUUUAAUGAAAAACAGAAUGUGAGAGAAAUGAUGUUUCAGAGAUUGUAGCUGCUGUUGUCAAGCAUGUGAAAAUGAAGCUUGUUGAAUCUGACAUGUCACACCAGCACCAGCUCCAGGCUUCCACACAAACGCAUGGCAAAUUUUCUGGGGACUAAAAAUGAGGGAGGAACGACCACCUGGUUAGAGCAAAUCAAAAAGACAGCAAUUAUUCUAUUAUGAACUUGUUACAUGAAAGUGAGAUGGCACAAAGAACUAAGUGACCCCGUGGAUCCCCGUGUAGGUCAUUAAGGGGGCCGACUACGGCAGCCAGUAAGCCCAGUUCAUCUGUGAAGCACUCGGGCCAAUAGGAGUGAGAAAUGAAAAAUGAAUGAGUUAAAGAGACUGAGUAAUGUGCCCUUUUACAACAGUGGAUGGUUCCAGAAAUGUGACGUGUGUACAGUUCCUCAAAGCAUACAUGUCUGAAGCAAUAAAUUCAUGCCUGAUA